AAACCUGUGUGAGUUGGACAAAAUCAUGUUGGAAUCUUCAUCUUUGUUUUCUUCCUGUUUUUUUGAAUUAAAAAAAUAGAUCUAAUCCAUAUCCAGACUCCUCCGCUUCCGAAACAAAAUACCUUUCAUCUCUCGGUUCUACAAAAAUGGAUUUCCUCUGGAUAUCUUUAAUAUUCACUUUGGCCGUGUCUGUUUUGGCAAUUCCAAAACCCGACGACAAACACAAUCCACUCGAACAAGAUUCCGCCCAUAAAAGUCAUUUCGAUGGCGAACAACACAACACUCAAUACGAUCAUGAAGCAUUUCUUGGCGAAGAUGAAGCUAAGCAAUUUGAUACUCUUUCCCCGGAGGAGAGUAAACGUCGAUUAGGUUUAAUUUAUGAUAAAAUCGACGAUGACAAAGAUGGAUUCAUUAAUCUAUCCGAAUUGAAAAAAUGGAUUCAAUUCACACAACGACGAUAUAUCGAAGAAGAUGUCGGUCGCAUGUGGCGACAACAUAAUCCAGAUAAUGCCACUUCACUAAACUGGGAAGUCUAUAAACACAAUGUUUAUGGGUUUUUAGAUGAAUUAGAUCCUGAGGAAUUGGACCGUGAAGAACACGGAAUCUCUUACAAACGAAUGUUGGCUCGGGACCGACGUCGUUGGGGCGUUGCUGACCAAGAUAACGAUGAUAAGCUAACGAGAGCUGAAUUCACUGCCUUUUUACAUCCCGAAGAUCAUCCAACAAUGAGAGACAUUGUCAUCAUUGAAACUAUUGAAGACAUUGACAAAGACAAGGACGGAAAGGUUUCGGUGGACGAAUACAUUGGCGAUAUGUAUCGUUCUUCCGAACCUGAAGAUGAAGAACCCGAUUGGGUUAUUCAAGAAAGACAUACCUUCUCGAACUUUAGGGAUGUUGAUAAAGAUGGGUUUUUGGAUAAAGAAGAAGUUCGAGGAUGGAUUGUCCCGAAAGACUAUGAUCAUGCCGAGAGUGAGGCUAGACAUUUACUCUUCGAAGCCGACGACAACGAAGAUGAGAAACUAACGAAGGAGGAAGUUUUGGAGAAAUAUGAUCUCUUUGUUGGAUCACAAGCUACCGAUUUUGGUGAGGCUUUAGCGCGUCAUGAUGAAUUUUAGAUUUAAUAUUUAGAUAGUUUCGAAAAGCUCUUAGCCAUUCUGAUCAAAGAUUAAUACUUAAGUAAUGACGAAUCUCAAAACCUUGGAGCUCUUCGGCUCCAGUGGUAUAAAGCGUCUUUUUUUUUUUAAACAAAUUUUUAAUUGUUUAUUUAGUUUUUUACUCUAUUUAGGUUUAAGUUUAUAAAAAAAUAAAAAUUGUUUAAGUUCCGAGAAGGCUCUGAUAGAUUUUGGAGUAACUCCUCCCAGCCAAAGGAAGUGUCUCAGACACACCAACAAAAAAGUAUGGAUGUCUUUUUUUGUAUCUCUUUAUUUAACUUUUGUCGAAAAAAAUCGAAAGAAAUAAUAAUAAUAAAAAAAAAAGAUAGGUAUUUUUUAAAUCUAAAAGCGGAAA